CUCAGAUCUUCGUCUUCGCCUUUGGACCAUGCGACGUUGCGAGGGGCUCAGACAGAAUUCACGAUCGCACAUGCUCGAGAUGGCCUCGAUGAGCUUCACAUGAGGAACUGAAGUCGAGUGAGGAUAGUUCACUUGUGGCUACAACUUCAGGUUUUAGUUCUUUUUUGGGUUUUGGUCCUCGUUACGUGGAGUCUGAAGAAUCUAAACAGAGAUUGUCACAAUGGGGAGUGUUGCGGAGGACAUUUUGUUCAAUUCAAGUGAUGAGACCGCCGGGAUGCUUGUGAAGCGCCUUUUCCUUGAUUUUCUAAUCGGGUUCACAGCUGAAACUGUGGCGCAACCGCAAGCAAGUGACGAUAUGCAUACAGAUGCUCGGCCUCAUAUAUAUGUCGAGGAGUAUGAGAAGAUGCGAAACUGCAGUUCUACAACCAUGCCCGUGGAUUUCAACCACAUCAUGCAGCACAACAAUACGCUACAAAUGGCUGUCUCUGAACAGUAUUUGAGGUUUGAAUCAAUUCUGAAGGAUGCUAUGCAGCAAUUUGCAGCUCAACACACUAGACGUAUUCAAAGCCAGAAUGAAAAGAAUUGCAAGGAUAUAUGGCUAGCGUUCCACAACCUCCCUCGCAUACAUAAAUUGAGGGAGCUAGAUACUUUUCAAAUUGGAAAGCUUAUAUCAGUCAGUGGAGUUGUUACAAGAACUAGUGAAGUGCGACCAGAGUUGCUGGCCGGCAGUUUUAAGUGCUUGGACUGUGGAACUGUUAUCAAGAAUGUUUUGCAGCAGUUCAAGUAUACUCAGCCUGUGGUUUGUACCAAUGCAACCUGCUCAAAUUCUGAGAGGUGGGCGCUCGUAAGGCAAGAGUGCACGUUCACAGAUUGGCAACGAGUGAGGAUGCAAGAAAAUUCUAAUGAAAUACCUGCUGGAUCUUUACCACGAACUCUGGAUAUUAUAUUACGUCACGAGAUUGUUGAAAGCGCUCGGGCCGGUGACAAGUGUAUAUUCACUGGUACAGUAGUGGUGAUCCCGGACAUAGCUGCUAUUUCUGCCCCAGGCGAUAAGGCGGAAUCUAGACGGAAGGCUGGCGAAAGAGGUAACCGCGGUGGCGGUGGAGGUGAAGGUCUACGUGGCAUCAAAGCCCUUGGCGUCCGGGAUCUUUCAUACCGUCUUGCUUUUGUAGCUAACUCCGUCCAGGCUGCAGAUAGAAAGCAAGAUGGAAUUGAUAUUCGCUCAGGUGGUAAGGAUGGUGAUACAAAUGAUGAAGAUACUCUUGAACUCAAAGAUGAAGAGAAGGAAGAAGUGCUAAGAAUGUCACAACAGCCACAGAUAUACGACCGCUUAAUCAACAGUGUGGCUCCCACUGUUUUCGGGCACCAGGACAUAAAGCGUGCAAUAUUGCUUAUGUUGUUCGGAGGUGUACAUAAACGAACGCACGAGGGAAUAAAUCUGCGGGGAGACAUAAAUGUCUGCAUUGUUGGAGAUCCUAGUUGUGCCAAAUCUCAGUUUCUCAAGUACGUGGCUGGCUUUCUCCCGAGAGCUGUUUAUACAUCUGGAAAAUCUAGCUCAGCUGCCGGCCUCACUGCCAGUGUUGUCAAAGAACCUGAGACAGGCGAAUUCUGUAUUGAGGCAGGAGCAUUGAUGUUGGCAGACAACGGGAUAUGCUGUAUAGAUGAAUUUGAUAAGAUGGACAUCAAAGAUCAAGUGGCAAUUCACGAGGCUAUGGAACAGCAGACGAUAAGUAUAACCAAAGCUGGCAUACAAGCUACAUUAAAUGCUCGCACAUCCAUUCUCGCAGCUGCUAAUCCUUCAGGGGGUCGUUAUGAUAAGUCUAAACCCUUGAAGUAUAACGUUGCACUACCACCGGCUAUUCUUUCGAGAUUCGACUUGGUACAUGUAAUGAUUGAUGAACCAGAUGAUAUCAUGGACUACAACGUAGCUCGCCACAUUGUCAGAGUUCACCAACACCAGGAAGAGGCUCUCUCUCCGGAGUUUGCCACUGUUCAGUUGCAGCGCUACAUUGCAUAUGCACGAAGUUUAAAACCCCAGUUAUCAGCUGAGGCUAGGAAGGUGCUGGUGGAGGCAUAUGUUGCACUCAGGCGUGGUGAUGCCCUUCCAGGCAGCCAAGUCGCAUACCGAAUUACUGUCCGCCAGCUGGAAGGGCUUGUUAGGCUAUCAGAGGCAAUUGCUCGUUGUCACCUUUCAUCUGAGGUUCGACCAGCCCAUGUAAGAGAGGCAAGACGGCUUCUCAGUACGUCGAUCAUCAGUGUGGAGACGCAUGCAAUUGAUUUAGAUGAUGUACCCGACGAAGAUCUUGGCAAUAGGCCAACGGAAAAUGGGCACGAUGUUGCUGUACCCAUGAGCGAGGAUAGGGAUCCAGAUAACAACGGCGUUGAUGAAGACGAACAGCCUCAUUCAACAAAUGGCGGUGAAGGGGAUCGAGAUUCGAAGAAAAAAAUGACGGUCACAUUUGAACACUUCCAGAGAGUGACCCGUGCAAUUGUCAUGCAUUUGCGGCAGCUUGAGGACUCGGUUCAAGAUGAUUCCAAAGCAGCAGGGUUGAAACAAAGGGAAUUGCAAAAUUGGUAUGUGCAAGAGACGCACGAGAAACAGCCAUUCGAAUCGAUAGCAGAGAUGGCGCAGGAGAUGAAACGGGUGAAGGCUAUCAUUCAGCAUUUGAUAAAUCGAGAGGGUGUUCUCAUCGUGCUGGAUGAUGGAGUUGAAGCAGCAGCUGCAGCUAGUGCUGCUCAGGAAGCGACAAUUGCAGAUGGUGAUGAUGCUUCAACACCAGUUCAAGCACCCAGACCAGUUAGAGCUGAAGACGAGCGGAUUCUAGCGGUGAACCCUAAUUAUGUUCUUGAUUGAAGGAUGAAUAGAGAUGGAAUGAUUUUAGCUAGACUUUUGUGAACUGACUCGAAGCGUGGGCCGUUACCCUCAAGCUCAUUAAGCUUGUUAACAUUUACCGUUCGUUCUUGAUCAUUUCCAGGUGUGUAGGAUGUGCCCCGACUCUCUGUUUGACUUUUCUCGUGAAAUUUUAUGCUGGAAGUCCAAAACAAUUUCUUUUACUAGCCCAAAGCUAAUGUAAUAGUUCUUAUUUCAUGCUCUAAAACAAACAUAAAUUCUUUUUUUGUCUCA